AUGAAGCCGGAGGACGUGUGCGAUCACAUUUGCAAGCUUGCCAAGAAGGGCCUCACACCAUCCCAGAUUGGUGUGACUCUUCGAGACAGCUUCGGAGUGCCUCAGGUGAAGAACGUGACCGGAAACCAUAUCCUCCGAAUCCUGAAGACCAACGGCCUGGCUCCCACCCUGCCGGAGGAUCUCUACUACCUCAUCAAGAAGGCCGUGUCCAUUCGAAAGCACCUUGACAAGAACCGCAAGGACAAGGAUGCCAAGUUCCGCCUUAUCUUGGUCGAGAGCAGAAUCCACCGACUUGCCAGGUACUACAAGCGUCCGCACCUGAGCCUCGUCACGGCUCGGUGCAUCAGAGUCUUUGGACCAGUGAAGGUGUUCUACAGCAAGUUUCGGGCAUCAGCCCCCAACUACAGGCCCUUGCUGUCUUUGCUGAACAAGCGCGUUGAGGUGAAUGAAACAUAUGCCGCGACGCUCGAGGAGAUUGAGGGUUUCUUUGUACAUCUCCGGCUCCGGCUACUGACCUUACCGGUUUCCAGCCAGCUGCAGUCCAUUGUGCAUGGCGAAUUGGCGCUCAGCCAGCUCGCUCCUGCCACGCGGCAGGCCAGCACUUACAUCCUCGAGAUCGCACAGCUCGAAAAGCAGUGCUUUGAGGCAUAUUUCGAGCUGAGACAUCAGCAGGAGGUGUACCGGCUUGCGGACGUGUGUGUGCUCGGUGUUGUGUACCGGCUGCACAAGGAUGUGCAGGAGAAGCUCAUCUAUCGCGUGGAGAUGUACAUCCGUGAAGAGAUCAAGGGGUACGUGCUUGGCAGCUCCGACCUAGACUAUCCGUCUAUCUUGUACGGAAGCGGCACGGACACACCCCAUCAGGAGACUGCGAUGGGUCAGUUCCAAAGAGGCUGGUAUCCCACGCUCCCGCGAACACUCUCUAUUCUGGCCAAGAUCUACCGAGUCCUGGAGAUGUCCACGUUCCAGGGGCUGGCUCAAGAGGCUGUGGACCUUUGCAUGCGCAGCCUCAAGGAGGCUUCGGAGUACUUGUCCAGAAGAUCGCUGCCCAGCUGUGAUGCGAGUCUGCAGGUCUUCCAGCCCUUGGUUCAGAUGAUGGACUCUCAGCUCUUCCUCGUGAAGCACCUCCUGCUCCUUCGAGAGCAAGUGGCGGCCUUUGAGUGCGAGCUGGCGUGGGGCCCGGACGGCUCCUUUCGCGUAGUGCUAAGCAGGGCCCAGCAGGGCAGGGCACUUCUGCAGGUGGUGAGCGAGAAGUACUUCAACUUCGCAAAUGUCUGGGAGGCUUUGAACCUGAAGCUCCCCGACGGGAUCCUGGGCAUCUUGAAGCCCACGGUCUACCACGCCGAGGUCGACAGCAAGAAGGACAUCGAGUCCGAGCUGAAGGCGGCAUGUGAAGCUCUGAUCACGAAUGUCACCGCCAGAGCCCCGGAAUCUUGCCUGGCUGUGAGCCGUCAAUUGAUGGGCACAAAUUGGGAUCGUUUCUUGUCACAGUUGUCACAGGCUCACAUCACACAGCCCUUGGCAGUCCGUUUCUCAAGUUGGCCUGACGUUCAACUCCGGUCCGCUCCUCGACGGAGUCAGGCCGUGAACACGAAGAUUGGCCAGUUCUUGGCCAGCCCGGGCGUGUCUCAGCUGGAAGAGAGAGAGCCGGCAAGAAGGGCAAGUCACCGAUUGAAGCCAAGCCCAUCAGGUGGACCGGUCAGCACUCAAGGACGAAGCAUGACCAGAGAAAUUUGGCGCUGUCAAAGUGGCUGGUAUGAUGAGGACCAAGGCUUCAUGCAGCCAGACGAGCUUCGAGACGUCAUCGGUGCCUUCAUGGCCAACGUGAAAGCCAAAGUGCCUUUCACAGCGGCGCACAUCAGGCUCUACCUUUCAGCUGCACCGGAAGGCCUGGAUCGGCCGAUCUUGUGGAAGCCGGUGGAGAUGCGCCUGGUGGACACCUGGGGCCGCCUCGAGGGGCUUCUGGAGGAGGGGGAGCAGGGCACCAGCCUGGAGACGUUGGGCUUUCCCCGACCCGAACCGCUGCGGGAGCUUAUCGCUGCGCUCUUCAACGCGGUCAUGGAGGAGCCAUGGGAGAACGUGGUGCAGAUGGUGUCCCAGGUUCCGCGACGGAACUUCAGCGCCGACGUGGCCCAGGCCUUGCCCGUGGCCGCCUCCCAGGGGAGCCUCGGGCAGCCAGAGGCUGCAGCGCCAGCGCCGGAGCCGGCGGAAGCUCCGCCGCGGGCGAAAGUGCCGGAGGCGGCGGAUCCGGCGCCCGCGGCCGAGGAUGCGGAUGCCGCGACCGCGGCCGCGAGUUGCUUGAAAAAAGCGCUAAGCUGA